AUGGAGGUGAAAUUGGUGGGAUACAGAUGGAAGGAGUUGUUGCCUCUUCUUGUGAAGAUCCUGGAGGAGAUCUUCCUGCAUCUACCUCCCGAUCAGGUGGUUGGUGUUUGUCAGUCAGUGUGCCGUCAGUGGAGAGAAGUGGCUGACAGUGAGUCUCUGUGGAGAGAGCGAUGUCGAAGAGAGGGAUAUCGCCCCCGUGAUCCUUCCAAGAUGACCAAAGACUGGAGGUUGUUUUACUUCUUGUGCAAGAAGAGAAGGAAUCUUCUAAAGAAUCCCAAAGCAGAACAUGGAAUGAUGGACUGGCAGAUACUGGAUGAUGAAGAUGAUAAGUGGUGUGUGGAGGAGGUCUUGGUGCGACAUCCAAAUGAGACGGUCCAGAAGAACUUUGUGACCACUUACGGGAUGUGCAUGAAGUCUUAGCUGAUUGAUUUGGAGGAGGAAGGUUACAACCCAUCGUUCAUGGAUCGGUUUCAGCCAGAAAUCAGAAUUUCUGAUUGGUAUGCCCCACGACGGGAUUGCGGCAGUAAAUAUGAGAUCUGUGUAGAGUUAAUGAAUAUAAAAAAGAAGCCCGUCAAGACGUUUGCUCCUGAGACCAUUUACUUCGAUACGUGGGACAGUCGCAAUUGGACCCAGAUGACCCAUAGAUUCCAGAACUACGGGCCAGGAGUGAGGUUCAUCAGUUACACCCACGGAGGCAGGGACAAGCAGCACUGGGGACGAUGGUUUGGAAUUCAUGUCACUGACAGCUGUGUUGAAAUAUGUUCUGCGAUGGAUCCAUAGAACCCAGACAUACACGGACCACCUCCUUCCUACGGAACAUUUUCAAAAACGGAACCUUUUUCGUCACAUCCGUUGUCAACAUUGAGUCUGUUUUUAAAUCCUUCCAAUAACCCUUCUCUUUGUGGUGGACAGCGGGGGCUCAGCGGCUCUUGGAGACGUCGUUGUAGUCUCGUAACACAAUAACACCACAAAACUUUUAUGCAGGUGCCCACGAGGCCAGAAUAAAUGCCCUGUUAAAGUAUCUUUGAUCUUGUAAAUAUUUAAACUACAACACUAUUAGCAACCAGCCAUAAGGUCAUUUCUAUUAAUAUUGUCCUUAUAUGUACAUGUUUGACUUAUAUUUAAAAAACAAUUCAGUGGAAAAUGUAUACAUUUUUGGACCUUUUUUUUCAUGGAACAUAAAGUCAGACAAUAUGUAGCAUUUGAAGUUAAGUUUAUUCAUAAUACUGUUUUAUUGUGGUGCUUUAUCAGAAGAUCGAUACAACUUUAAUGUCCAAUUAAAUAAAAAAACAAAGAAAACUGA